UUCGUUAUUAGCAUGAAAACCAGAAAUUUGAACAGAAAAUCUUCAGAACAAUAGAAAUUGAUGGAUUUCUGGUACAUUGAAGAGUAAACUGUCAGACAGUCGAAUAUCAAAAGUUUUAAUAAAAUGGUGAAAUAUUCAGAUCAAAAUCGCCAUGGAAAUAUUAUUUCCAAAAUCAACAGAGCUAGAAAUGAAGGACUUUAUUGUGACAUCACCUUGACCUCUGGAAACACAUCUUUAAGUGCUCACAAACUUAUCCUGACCUCGGUUUCAGACUAUUUCACUAGCUUGUUCAAAUAUUCUGAUGAUGCUUGUCAGACCUGCAAAUUAGAUCCUAAUGUUGUCACAGAAGAAUGUCUAGAAGCCAUUGUGGAGUACGCUUACACAGGAGAUGUAGAAAUCACUGACGAAAAUGUCCAGGAUUUGCUAGUAGCAUCAAAUUUUCUCCAGAUUCUUUUCAUAAGUAUCAAAUGUGAAGAGUAUAUUUCAGAACACUUAACAUCUGAAAACGUUGUUUGUCUAUUGUCUUUUUCAAUACAACAUAAUUUGCCGAAGUUGUUUUCAAGUGUGUGCCACUAUGUUUCAGAGAAUUUUCUCAGUUUCACUUUACGAGACAAUGUUUUGCUGAGCAUCCCUUAUGACGACUUAUUAUACUUAUUGAAAUGCGUUGAUUUGACUGUUUUGGAGUGUGGCAUACCAGCUGAGAAACCGGAGGUUCAUAUACUGAAUUUGAUAAGACUUUACUCUGAAUUUUGCGAAUUAAAAGCGGAAGAGGUUAAAACUUUACUUCAGGUGGUGAAUUUUUCAGAGAUCACUCAGUUUGAUGCAUAUGAUAUGUUUGAAUUAUGGAGGAAAAAGCUAAAUGGAGUUGAAGUGAAAACUGUAGUUGAACAGUUUCUUGUAAGAAAUUAUUUGAGUGGGGAGUUCAAACAAGAAGGUGAACCACAACUUUUCAAUCAAAUUUGUAGGAAAUUUUCCUCCAUGUGCAAACGAGUAUUUUCCAACAAUAGUCUGCGAAAAGGCUACAGUUAUUUUGAUAAUUUAUCUGUAAAUGAUAGAAUCAGGAAGAUUCGUAUUUGGUUUGGUUACACACCGUCACAGCUAGCUGGCAUAUCAGUUUCCUACAUGAUCGGGGAAGAGAAGACCUAUGGAAGUCGUAAAAAUGUUCCAGUGGUGACCUCUGACCAAGACUUCUUCCUAAGAGAGAAUGAGGUGAUCGUGGAAGUCCACUUUUGUAAGACAGCUGUACGGGUCAGAAGUUUGAAGUUCAUUUCCAAUUUUGGAACACAGUAUGGACCCUAUGGGGAGGAGAGAGGGAGCAUACGAAAAGUGAAAGCUCCAUCACCAAAUGCUUAUCUUCAUGGAAUUAGAAUGGAGAACAAAUCGAAGGUCUUUGAAAAUUCAGCUUUGGUUAGUUUGAAUGCCCUGUACUUUGACUGGAUUGUGUUUGUUGAACCAAGUAAAAUACGAGACAACAUUGAGGAUGAAGACAUUCAGCUUCAAACAACUAACUGUUGUUCUACAAAUUACGAGCGUGCGGCUGACAUAUAUGAUAGUGAUCCACGUUAAAUCGUCUACUGUAAAUUCAGAAAUUAUUGCGAGGUUUUUAUUAAUGUGAAUAAUGCGACAGGGCGAAUAUCGCAAUAAUAAGAACUCGCAUUUUGAUAUCUGAUACAUAUUUCUGUAUGCAUAUUUUCCUGAAAUCACAAUAAUUAAUCUCGCAUUUUUGUCCAUCCUUCAAAAAUUGCAAUAAUAAAUGCAGGCAAUAAUUUCUGAAUUUACAGUAUAUUGAUAGAUGAGAGUUAUAGAUAGGUGCAAUUACUGGUAUAUAUUAUUGUAACAUGCUACAACGAUGAAAGAAAGGAUAACCUGCUUUUUUCAAAAUAAGUAUUAUGUUUUUAUCAUGUAUCAUGUGUAUAUUGUGAUGAUGAAAAUGUUUUUAAAUGGAUUGUUUAUCUUUUGUCAAUUGGAAAAUUGAAAUAUAAUAUUAUCAUGAUUAUGGCUACUUGCAAUUGGGGAGGUAGUGUUUACUGGAAGUACAAAAUAUAUGAUAGAAUUCUCUGAUUUUUGUUUAAAUUUGGCAAAGUAAAGAUAGAUAUCUCCUGUUUGCAUAAAAAUUUCUGAAUAGAUGAUAAAAAAUCGAAAUGAUUAAAGUAACUCCCCUGAUCAUGCUCAGCCUGGUACAUGUACAUGCAGGCAGGUAUUCAGUACUGCUAAUACCAUGUAAUACUUUUACUUCUUUUUAUUUAUGUAUAAUGGAUAUGUGACAUCUGAUAUACCCUGUUCUUGUUAAGAGCCAUAACAAAACUGAACACCAAAAUAACCCUACAACUUAACAUGCUUAAUGAACAUGAUGAAUUUCAUAUUUCUUUAGAUUUCUAAAAACUCUCUUGAAUAAUUUCAUAUGUCAUUUGUAUGUCCAACAAAAAGCAAUUGUACAUUUAUCGUCAUGAUUGUGUUUUUAUGUAUUAAACAUGUAAAGGUACAUAUAAUGUAUAUGUAUGUUAUGUACAGUAUAUAUAUUUUGUCAGGUUCUAUCAUUCUUCAUGCAUAAAAUAUGUACUAGUAGUCCAGUGCAAUCUUUAAUCUAGUCAAAGGAGUAGGCCUGGUAAGACCCUUUUUUGGCCCCAAAAUAUAGCAUUUCAAAAAUUUGUUAAAGAUGUAAACUGUAAGCUAUUUAUUGGAAAGAGGAAUGUGUUACAUAAAUAUGGGCUGUUUUUGACAAUACAAUGCACAUGCAUCAGUUUACUAAUAUCAUUAAUUCAUGUAAAAUUACUUAAAUCUUCACAAUUUCAGCAUUUGUGCUUAUUUUUAAGCGGUCUUUGUCUAAAAUGGAAGUGGCCACACUUAUGUUCAGUCUUAAUAUUUAAAUAUAUCUUGUAUUUGAUGAUGAUACAUAACAUAUAUAAAGGUUGAGAAUGAACACGAAUGCGGCCACUUCCAUAUUAGACAAAAACCAUCUGAAAAGUGACGUUUUGUGGCAUA